AUAUAUAUAUAUGUAGAUGCACAUGAACAUGUAUAAUCCUUAGUUCAUUUAUUAGGGUUUUGAAACAGUGAUUGAGUUUCUGAAGAAAGUUGGAGCUUAUUAUUUAGAUUCAUGGGUUCUUCGAAUAACGGUGGUGUGCCGCCGGGGUUCCGGUUUCAUCCGACCGAUGAAGAGCUUCUUCAUUACUACUUGAAGAAGAAGGUGAACUUUCAAAAGUUUGACAUGGAGGUCAUUAGAGAAGUGGACUUGAACAAGAUUGAGCCUUGGGACUUGCAAGAGAGGUGCAGAAUAGGGUCAACACCACAGAACGAGUGGUACUUCUUCAGCCACAAGGACAGGAAGUAUCCGACAGGGUCAAGGACGAACCGGGCGACCAAUGCCGGCUUCUGGAAGGCGACGGGACGAGACAAGUGCAUCAGAAACAGCUUUAAGAAGAUUGGAAUGAGGAAGACUCUCGUCUUCUACAGAGGCCGAGCUCCUCAUGGCCAGAAGACUGACUGGAUCAUGCAUGAAUAUCGCCUUGAAGAUGCCGACGAUGCGCAGGCCAAUCCCAAUGAAGAUGGCUGGGUGAUUUGUAGGGUGUUCAAGAAGAAAAACCUAUUCAAGAUUGGCAAUGAAGGAAGCUCCAUGCAUAACUCAGACCAACAACUCAAUAAUAAUUCCUCAAGCAUCAAUCAACCUCGAUCCUUCAUGCACAGAGAAAGCCAAUACUUACUGCAUCACCACCAUCAUCAACAACAACCAAAUCCUAGAAACUCAUCCGGGUUCGAACUCCAAAAACCUGAGCUUGCUCUUCACUAUCCUCCUCACUUGCAAAACCCUCAGUACUCUCUCUUCCAGGCUCAACCCCUCCUUCCAGCUCACUUCAAUUCAUACUCAUCAUCAGCCCUAACUUCAGAUCACACACCUGCCUUGGCUGCCAAGCAGCUCAUGACAAACCCGGCUGGAGACUGCGAUAGUGGUAGUGAGGGCUUGAGAUACCAAGUUUCUGCAGAGACUGGAAACAUGGAGGUUGGUACAUGUGAACCCUCAGGUCAAGAGAUUGGAACAGGAAGAGAAGAUCAAGGGUUUAACGAAUGGGGUGUGUUUGAUAGGCUUGUGGUCACAUCUCAUCACCAUCUUGGAAAUGAAGAAUCAUCCAAAGGGGUUAGGUUUGAGGAUAAUGCAAAUGCACAACAAUCUGUUCAUCAAAUCAAUCAUCAUCAGCAGCAGCUUUCAUUGCGUGGAGAAGUGGACUUUUGGGGCUAUGGAAAACAAUGAUUCUCGGAGUUAAUCAAUUGGAUUAAAUGAUAUUGAAUUGUACGUGAUGAUAGGGAUUGAAGAUGAUCUCUAAAACUAUAAUUUAUAUUGAUGUUGGUUGAAUAUUAUUGUAUGUUAAAUUUAACUUGUAAUUUGAUCAUUUUACUCAUGUUUUCUCUUCUUAUUUUUUCUCCAAACUUUACUUGCUUGGGAAUAGAGUUAUAAUGGUAUUACCACAAUACUAGUAGUUAAUAUUAUACUAUAUUACAUUAGAUUAACUAGAGUUGUGUCGAAAUUAUUAGAGAAUUUGAACUAAAC